AAAUGACUGCUCCAGUUUUUCAGAUGUAUUUUUGGGGAAAAAACACAACAAUCUGGUUGUUAGUUUAAUACUUUAAUUUAUACAACAUCAUAUUAGCAAUAAUUCGACUACUGUUAUUUUCCAAAAGAAUAUUUCCUAGUGCAGAAAAUGUAAUGCAAUUAAAUGUGAUUUUGAGCCACACAUUCAAGGGUUCAACCUUAGAAGCAGCUGUUAGUAGCACAUGCAUGUUUCUCUGCACCUCUGAAUUUUCCCCAGUAUUACACCUGUUUAGUGAUUUGGCUUCAGCGUAGUGGUUCAGGAUACAGCACUGCAGCAGGAAGACUGCUGGUUCAUAUCAUAGGGGAAGGUUGUAAUUGUAUUCCUGUGGCCAUGAUUCCAUCAGGACUACAGCAAAUCCCAAGCAGCAGAGAUACACCUUCAACAGGAUGAGACAGGAGUGCAUUGCAGGGCACACACAUCGUCAAGCACUGUGGACAAAUUAGUGAUGCCUGAUCACCUGGAUACCUUUGGACAGGAGUCUUCAUAACAUACCAACUCCACCCAAACAGAUCGAGGGUUGAAUUCAAACCUCGAGCCCCAGAGGUUUUUCGAACUUCCGGGCAGCAUGGCGAAGUUGCAGCAGGUGGAGACGGAGGUGAAGAACGGCGGCCCGUCCACAGAGGCCAAGGCUCCGGCAUCUGGGAUGGUCGGGACGGCGGGGAGCGCGGGUGUGACGCCGUGUUUGCCGCCUAGUUUCGCGGACGCCUGCCAGUUUGUGAGCGCGCCGUACUCGUGCCUGGUGCUGGACACGACCCGGCGGCACGUCGCGCUCUCGCCGAUGUUCCUGAAGAAGAAGAAGACGGGCAUCCAGGAGCAGCUGAACUGCGAGCUGCUCAAGUACUCCGAGAGGCGCGUCUCAUUCCCCAGGCUUAUGAACGGGGUGCCCCUAGCCUACGACAGCAUUAAAGUCUUGGGACAACACGGGGAUAUAUACGACGACCAAGGGUUCAUCCACCUCAACAUAGAGGCGACGUUUGUGAUCUUUCGGCCCAGAAAAGGACAAAAGCUUUUGGGUGUCAUAAACAAAGUGGGAGUGAGUCACGUGGGGUGUCUAGUGCACGACUCGUUCAACGCCUCCAUCCCCAAGCCGUACCAGGUCAGCGUGGAGGCUUGGAGGCAGGCCGGCUUCGCUGUGGGCGACACCUUGGAGUUCGAGGUCUUCCAGCUGGACGCAGACGCCGCCGGUGUGCUCCUCAUCAGAGGAAGGCUGGAGAAUAAAAGGGUUGAAGAGCUGGUGGCCCUCAGUGAACAAGGAGAAGAUGUGUCUGUGGAGGACAGUGUCAUAUCCAAGGAGGAGACCAUCGAACCCAUGGCUGAGGACUCAACUGACUGCAUGAAAACCAAGAAGAAGAAGAAGAAAAAGGACAAAUCCUGGGACAUUGAGGCCCCAACAGAUUCUCAGGUGACAGCGGAAAUCACUGCGGACACCGCCGGAAUCGCGGAAGUCCAGGUGAACGGGCGUGACGAAAGAAAAAGAAAGAAACACAAAAGUAGAAAAGGCAGCACAGAGGCUGAGGAGGUCCACAUGGACGAGGUGCCUGCUGUACUCUCUGACGAAGUCCACAGCAACAAGAAGCCCAAGAAAAGGAAGCGGGAAAAGGAAUAUGGUGCCGAUCUGGAUGCGGAUUCUGAACCCCCCCGAACCAAGAAGAAGAAGAAGAAGAAGGUGUAGGAUUUUUACCCAAAAUGACUCAAAAACACAGGUUUCUUCACAGGAAUCAUAAUCACGCUGCUGUAGUGUUUGUGUAAAUACUGCCACUUGCCAGCAGAGGGGAGUAUUACAGCGUCUUCUUGGUUUUUAGAGAAAUGUUUCUUGUAAGACCCAAUAAUGCCCAUACGAAGUUAAACAAUUCUGUAUAAUAUGCAUUUAUACCAAGUGCUUUUGACCAUGAAAGAUGGGAUGCAUGGCUUUUGAAUGUGAAAAUGUAAAGUAAAAAUGUAUUUUCUUUUAAAUGUGCCUACAUCCCAUAAUUCAUCACUGUUUUUUUGUUCGUAGUUGGGGAUGCGUCGUUUCGAGAUUUUGUUCAAUCUCAAUAAGAUUUUUGUAAUCGAGCACACAGUGAAUAUGCAAUACAAUGGCAUCAGUCCAUUUUGUUAAUUGUACUGAUUUUUUAAAGCAAGUCAGGCCACCUUUGCGAUGAUAUAAAUAUUAAAGUUCGUUGCUUUGUUGCAUCAGUUACAUUAAGUUACCGUAUUGGCUUGGGAAAACUAUGAAAUGUGACACGAUCUUAAUGGCACCACCCCAUGCUCUAUUUGUAUUGCUUUCAUUUACCGCGGGCGUGCGCGCUAAACCGGCGGAUCAGGGUUUUCCCCGGUUCGUCGUCGUCUCCCGGCCUGCCUUCCACAUUUCUGCUUAUUAAAGGUCACUGGUGUACCGUUACUAUUUUUACACCGACAGGAUGCGAAUGCUUUAAAUCCCCGAAGCGGUGUUUCUCCGAAGCAGGAGUAGAAAUUCGUAAAUGGGGAGGUUUAAAAAAAGACAUUUUGGCAGGUAAUAAAAUGAGCUGUUUGCCGCUGCGGUUUGUUCUGAGUUCAGGCCUCAGUGUUAUUAAAAAAACGACGUUAAUGA